GUGGAUAGAGGAGUGAUCAAGCUCAGAAAGUUCACAGUUACUGGAGAACUCAGACAUGGCUUCCAUUCCAUGUACUACUGCUCCUAGCCACUCAUGCUUCGCCUCCAACUCCUUCAAUUCUUCAACUUUUUCAGUCAAACUCAAUACCCAGUUUCUGGGUACCCGAAGUAGGCUGGGUCGGGUCAGACCCUUUGGUCUUGGACCCUCCAAUGGCUCCAGAGCCAAGUGCUGGUUCAAGUUCGGUAAAAACGGUAUAGAUGCUGAGGGUGCUGGAAUCUAUGGAAGCCAAUCCCGUGAUGAUUAUGAUAAAGAUGAUGUUGAGCAGAUGGGAGUGGAGAAGCAAGUUCUGAGGGCUGGAACUGGUCCAAAACCGGUAGCAGGUCAGAAGGUUACCGUUCACUGCUCCGGUUAUGGAAAAAAUGGUGAUUUGAAUCAGAAGUUUUGGAGCACCAAGGACCCUGGGCAGCAGCCUUUCACCUUCAAAAUUGGCCAAGGUUCUGUCAUAAAAGGAUGGGAUGAAGGUAUCCUUGGAAUGCAAGUUAGAGAAGUUGCUCGUCUGUGGUGCUCUCCUGAUUAUGCUUAUGGACCUAGUGGAUUUCCAGCCUGGGCAAUUGAUGAGUCUUCAGUUUCUCUAAACAAUGUACCCGUUGAUAUAUACUGUUGGCGGGCGGUCGUUAGCUUUUCUAUCAAUGCAUCAUUUUUGGAAAAAUAAAACUGAAGCAGGGCUUUUGACAGCAGGUAAAGUGUUUGUGUUAUUAAUCGGUUCACAGUUGCACUUCACUUUUUAAGGAGUGCAAAUGGUAAUACAUGUUCAAAAUUCCAGUGCUAAAGUAGCUCCCCAUUUUCUUUAAAGCUAAAUUUUCAACUAGAAUCGUGAUUUGUUGUAUGUAGGCAAAGAAUCGAUCUGAAACGUGCCUUUUGAUUACAGUAUUUCAACUACAUGGGAAUGCUUGCUGUUGAGGGUACGUAUGAUAAGAUGAAUGCU